GAGCAUGGAUAUGAAAAAGCAAAAAAAAAAACUAAAUGCUGUUGUAAUCUACAGACCUCACAGCCACAGAUCUGUGCAUGUUUGCUGGAACAAUGAUGAGAGAAAGUCAUUUGGUGGACAUACCUGGUCCCCUUGCUUUCGUUUUGGAACUUUUCUUGUGUAGUGGACCACCAACUUUAAUUUUUAUCUAUUAUAAACCAUGUUUUCUGGUUCUCUAAAUCUUCCAUUUCAGCUCUCAUGAAAUUUGAACAAUUCUGAGGCAUCACAAUAAAUAAACACUGAGAAAGGAGAGAAGGCUGUGCUUGAGGCAUAUCCUUGAUGGGUAAUAACAGGUUCAGAUUGUCAGAUAUGAUGCCAAAUGCAUGGUUCUAUAAGCUCAAAGAUAUGAGCAAAUCAAGGAAGAGAAAUGGCCCUCAUGUUAUGAAGAACAAAGUAGCCUCACCAACAACAUCACAAAGGUCACAGCCAAGAUACUCUCAUUAUUUCUCCAUUGAACCAAACAUAGCUGGUAAGUUAUACAACUCUCCUAUUUUUUACACCAAACACUCAGAUAACACAUUCACUGAUUCACCAAGAAGGUCAUCCAAGAGAAGGGCUGGGAGAAAAACCAUUUAUAAGCCUUCUCCAACAGUUGUGUCUUCACCCGUCAUCGAAAGUUUUGGUUGUCAUUCCACAAACAAUUGGAUUAAGCCAAAUCAACUUCAGUCUCCAGACUAUUAUCUCUCCUCCAUAGAGAUUUCUUCUUCUGAAUCAAACCUCAAUGAUGAAUAUGUUUCAUCUGAGUCUGAGUGUGAUAAGUUCACUAUUCCUGACCUGCUUAAUGGGGUAGCCUCUGAAUGCAGUUGUAGAGUUAGCUCUUCCACCAAUGACAUCAUCAUUGACAUGAAAAAUGAACCCUUCAAUGGAAAUUCUGAAAACCUUGAUGGCUUUGACACAAUUUCACAAUUGGGCCUUGCUCCAAUAUUAACAAAGCCAGUGAAGUUUGAUGAUAAGGUCAUUGAAACCACUGAGUUGAGAAGAUCAGCUAAAUUUGAUGAGCUGAAGUCUCAUCAGUCUCUAUCUGUCAUAGUUAGCAAAGAGGAAUGUAGUAGAACUAAGAGAGAAAGAAAAACAAGUCCAGUAGCUAGAAUUUCCUCUGCUAAUUCUCCAGGUAUAAAACUUAGAGUCAAUUCUCCAAAACUCGCAAGCAAGAAAGUUCAAGCCUAUGCAAGGAGGAGUGUGUCAUCCAGAGCAUGCAAGGCCUCAAUGAAUUCAGGCUUUCCAGAGGGAUUUGCAGUUGUUAAGUCCUCACUUGAUCCACAAAGAGACUUCAGGGAGUCAAUGGUGGAGAUGAUUGUGGAGAACAAUAUCCACGCAUCGAAAGAUUUGGAGAACUUGCUUGCCUGCUAUCUCUCACUGAAUUCAAGGGAAUACCAUGAUCUUAUUGUCAAAGCAUUUGAGCAAAUUUGGUAUGACAUGGCUCAACUCAGAAUGUAAAGAUUUUAGAUUAUCCAAUGCAUCUGUAUAGUCUUGUAAAUAACAUUUCUCUUGACCAA